CCCACGCUCGGGCCACGGGACCAAUCAUCAAAAGAUCGAGAGAAGCAAAAGGCGCCCACGGAACCAACCAAAGCCGCCCCGCCCGCCCGCCACGACCAAGCAGCAAGCAGAGAGGGAGAGAGAUCGGCUCCGGCCGCGCGCGCUCUCCUCGGCUCGUCGUCGUCCCCCCUAAUUCCUCUUCUUCCCGUCAGAGGCGGCGGCGGCACCGCCACCGCCGACAAGAAUAAUGGGGCUCCUGGAGCUCUUCAUCACGGCAUGCAUGCCCGUCCUCAACAUGCUCCUGGUUACUGGUGUUGGAUCAUUCUUGGCAACGGACUCCGUUGGGAUACUGGGGAAAGAAGCAAGGAAACACCUAAACUAUGUAGUAUUUUAUGUAUUCAAUCCAGCUCUUAUCGCAACCUAUCUGGCCAAAACGAUCACCAUGGAAAGCAUGGCCAGAUUGUGGUUCAUGCCGGUGAAUGUGUUCUUCACUUUCAUCUUCGGGUUGAUCUUCGGUUGGAUCGUCAUAAAAGUCACCGGGGCUCCCCUGAAGUUAAGGGGCCUCAUUUUGGGUUGCUGUUCUGCUGGCAAUCUGGGCAACAUUUUCCUCAUCAUCAUACCAGCUCUCUGCAAAGAGAAGGGGAGCCCGUUCGGCGCACCUGAUGUUUGUCAGACUUAUGGACUAGCGUAUUCGUCACUCUCAUUGGCUAUUGUCGGGUUUAUAAUUGGAGGAACACCUCUUAUUAGAAAUGCUCUGAUCGGCGACGAUGCCCCUCUUCGUGUCCUUCGUGAGUCCGGUGAACUAAUUGGCGGAGCAGCCGUUCCAUCCGUCACGUUGAUCAUGGGAGGGAACCUCAUCACAGGGUUACGCGGAACGGCGAGUGUCCCGCCGUCGGUGAUCGCCGGCGUCGUGCUUGUCAGGUUUGUGCUGCUGCCUCUGGUGGGCACCGCGCUGGUGAAGGCCGCGGUCCGCUACGGCGUCAUCCGGCCAGACCCGCUGUACCAGUUCGUCCUCCUGCUGCAGUACGCCGUCCCGCCCGCCAUGAACAUCGGGACGAUCACGCAGCUGUUCGGCGUGGGGGAGAGCGAGUGCUCGGUGAUCUUCGUGUGGGUGUACGCGCUCGCCUCGGUGGCCGUCACCAUGUGGUCCGCGUUUUUCAUGUGGACGCUCUCGUGACCGAGUCUCUCCCGCGCCGCGUACGUACGACGGAGUACAAUGGAAGGCCGGCGAGGCGAGCUAAGAGCUGUAUCCGUUCCGUCAUGUCUCAAGUGUUACGGUGAACGGUGGCCGACAGGCAUCGCCGGCGGGCUCGAGUGGGCGAGGCGACCGACGGCUUGGAGAGUGUCAUUAGGUGGGGCAGAGAUCGCCUGGCCCAUGGAGAAGCAUGUCCCGUACUAUGUAGACAUUAGGAGUGUGUUUGGUUUAAGAACGAAGUGGAACGAAAUAUCAUGGUUCCAUUCCACCAGAAUGGGUCCGUUCCAUCCUUUUGUUCGGUAGAAGCAAGUCCAAGGAGUGAAAUGAUUACAUAUUGGUGUUUGGUUUGAGAGAUGGAGUGAAAUGGAAUUUGAUUUCUCACC